GCUGUCAAAGAUAGCUGUCACCCAGUUUCAGGAUCAAACACACACACACACAGUCAAUGAGAAAAAGGGACGCGGAGAUCUCAGGUAACCCCCCCUCCGGUCUCCAAACAAGGACGAUUUAGAAGUGAAGGGAAAACGGCGAGAGGCAGAAAAGAGAGGAAUCGGAAAAAAACGGAAGCGGAGUUUUUUGAUAAAUAAGGAUUAUAUUCGGAUACGCGCUCCGGAGAAAAGAAGAAAAACACAGCGCCGAGACGUUUCUUCUCCUUCUUCUUCUGCGCCUUACGAGGAAUAAGAGGGCAUUUUCAAACGGAGAUGAAGUCGAAAAAAGGUCUGAUGAUGCUGUCGGGGAGCGAGACGGACGACGAGGACAGCGUGGACGCCCCUCUGGACCUGUCGUCCAGCAGCGGGAGCAGCGGGAAGAGGAAGCGGAGGGGGAACCUGCCCAAGGAGUCGGUCCAGAUCCUCAGGGACUGGCUGUACGAGCACCGUUACAACGCCUACCCCUCGGAACAGGAGAAAGCUCUCCUCUCCAAGCAGACUCAGCUCUCCACUCUGCAGGUGUGCAACUGGUUCAUUAAUGCACGGCGGCGGCUACUCCCCGAGAUGCUGAGGAAAGACGGCAAGGACCCCAACCAGUUCACCAUAUCCAGGAAAGGCAGCAAAGCCGGCGACAGCUUCUCCGACAGCUCCCAGUCGCCGAAGCACAGCAGUCCUCCAGCGGGCACGGAGGAGAGCUACGACAAGCGCGUCCUCCAUCCCUCCAGCUUCGACCCCGCCGUCCCCGGCAUCCUGAGGAAGGCGGCGUCGCCCCCGCUGCCCUCCCCGACCUCCACGUCUCCAUCCCCGGGGCUCGUGCCCACCCGGCCUUCUGUCAUCUGUCACACCACUGUCACCACAGCAAUGCAAGCCAGCCCGACAGCUUCCCACCCGUCUGUGCCAGGAAUGAACUGUGACAGGGCAGCUGAGCUGCUGCAGUCCGUGCAGGCCCAGGCACUCCUUAGGUGCCGGGAAGAAGGGCCGGGCGGCCAGCCGCUCCCCACCACCACCACCAUCCUCGGCAGCACCAGCAUGGAGGGCAACCUGAGCCCCCGCAGCGGGCUGUUCAACACCCCUCCCCCCACCCCUCCAGACCUCACACAAGACUUCAGUGGCUUCCAGCUCCUGGUGGAUGUGGCCCUCAAACGGGCUGCGGAGAUGGAGCUGCAAGCCAAACAGCUGGUCUCCUAAAGGGGGAAAGUGACAGGAGAGGAGGGAAUAGAGACUGACUUUGUGUCUCGACUAUGGAACUCCUCAGUUCAGUGACUCGUCUGCACGCAACAGAGAACAAAUCCACAUGAAAGCCUGAUCAUUUCUAUUUUUGGUAAUCCAAUCAAAUUGAUGAGGAUGUUUUUUUAUUGAGAAAAAAAAAAACUGCGGUGCCUUGGCUGUAAGUUGUUCAUUCAUUUCAUAUACAUGCGUAUGUAUCUACAUGUGUAUUUUAUUUGCACACAGGGACCAAAAAUGUUAUCAGAGAAAUGCUGCCCGUCUUUAUGUCUUUCCAUUAAACUGUAAAUCAUUCUAGAGAACAGAGCGAGUCGGUCGCCGUUCGCGGACCUUUUCGGUCGGACCGGCUCGCAUCCCCACACGUUUACUGUCGAGCAUUUCAGAGAUCAGUUCAUGAUUGGUCUGCCUCAUUUGUUUGCACACUAAAGGCAGAAGAAGGUCAUCUCAGUGUCUUAAACAUACUUUGCUCUUGGCAUCUAUGACAUCUAUGAACUUAUUCACUACUGUAGUAAAUGUUUAUGUGUUUUCAUGAGUAUAGUUUUGAUUUUUGUAAUUUACUUUUAGCUAUUUUAAAAAGAAAAAAACCCUCUAUGCUUUUCCUUUUCUUUAUUUUAUUUUGUUUUUGUUACUCUUAUUUUUCCUACCAAGGGAUAUUUCAGAUGACCAAUGUAGCAGGUUCUUAGUCUGAGCCUUCAUCCCAUCACUCAGCGAAAAAAAAAAAAAAAAAAAACGGCCAGUGGACUGGAAAAUGAAACACUACAGAUGUCUUUUCUUCAUUUGCUGUUUUAAAACCUGACAAAGACGGCAUUUCUUCCUUUUUUUUUUUUUUCCUUUUUGAAAUCACCAAAAGCGCAUUUUCAUGUAUAAUAGGACCAUGUGUAUAGUCAAUGUGACAUGAUGCCCAAUGAUGUGAUUUCUUUUCAUACUGUGCAAUGUUUGUGGCGAAUAGGGGUCACACGGGAUUCAAAUAAAGUUUUGUUUUUCUACA